AGAUCUGUAUGGAUUACUGGGUGUGUAGGGGAUUAUGGAAGGCAUCUCUGUGACUCUUGGCAUGGCAGUAUCCAGCAUUAGUUAAGGCUGAUAUCUGGAUUGGUUUCCUUGCACCUGGCCGCAUUAUGAGCGUCAUACCGCAACAGAUUAAAAUAAGCGUUUCCUUAAAAAUGACUCCGAAUAAUGGAGCCGUUUACUUUAAAGCGGACGGCACGAGGUUUGGUCAGAGCAGAACCAUCAAAUUAUUAACCGGGACCAAAUACAAGAUUGACGUGAUUGUUAAACCGGGAGCCGUCGAGGCGACAUCUAUGACUGUUGGUGGGGUGACGUUUCCUCUGGAGCAGCAGUCCAAAGACCCCCAGUCUGUAGUCUACACUGGAAUGUAUGACACUGGAGGAGUAACACACACCAAAAGUGGGGAGAGACAGCCCGUCCAGGUCAAUAUACAGUUCACUCAGGCCGGCCUUUUUGAGACUCUCUGGCAGGUCAAGUUCUACAACUACAACAAAAGAGACCACUGCCAGUGGGGGAACAGCUUUAACAGUAUUGAGUAUGAGUGUAAACCAAAUGACACGCGCACAUUGAUGUGGAUAAAUAAAGAGCUUUUCCUGUAAAAAAAAUUACACAUCUCCACAUGCAAUGGUUGUGUGCAUCCCAGCAUGCGCUGAUGACCAACAGAUGUCACAACUUGCACAUCAUUUCUACAUUAUGUGGUGACACGUGCUUAUGUGAAAUAUUUCUAAACCAAGAAUUCUUAGUCAUACAGAAUUGUAAAACAUUGACUGAUUAUUUCCUAUACAUAGUAUAUGCUACAAGUAACACAAUGACACUAAUAUGCAGAAAACAAAAAAUGAAGGAAAAAAAAAAGGAUAUUUUUCUAAUGUAUAAUACAGUUUUAGACAUAUUUUUGGACAGUAAUGUUAAUUUACAUGCCAAUGGAUCCUGGACGUGUGUGAAACUGGGAAAGAAGACAUUUUAUUACGGAGCUUACACUAAAAAUAGCUGGGUUAUUUUUGACUCAUAAUGUGUAAAUAUUGGGGAGAACACACCGCUGGGUUAAAAUUGAUCCAAUGCUGGGUUGUUUUAACCCAACUGCUGGGUUAUUAUACCCAAUGGUUGCAUAACAACAACCCAACAUUGGGUAAUUUUUAUCCCGGCAUGUGUUCUGUCCAGUAUUUACCCAUUAUGGGUCAAAAAUAACCCACCUAUUUUUCGAGUGUAAAGAUGAGCUAGAAACCACCCUACUGAAUCAAAUCCUUCUUUGUAAAAAUACUCAAUAAGGACGUAUCGGUUGUCAUAUUUUUAUAUAAAGUAGCUUUAUUGUUGAAUUUAUAAAUGGGAGUUUUUGUUGAAUAUGUCUUGGAUUUGAUACAAAAUGGUUGCACUUUAUGAUGUUUCUUGUGGUGUUGUCUGUUGUUUGUCUACCUCUAAAAAUCUUGUAAGGAUGUUUACUCUAACAGAAUUUAGAAUAGAAGUUGUUAUUCAAGGUAGCAGGUUUACAGUAUUUACAUGUAGGCUAAAUGAAAACACUUCCGAUGGUUUUUAAUGGUGUUUAGUUAUAAAUAUGCAAUAAUUGUGUGUAGUCAGUACAGUAUAAUUGUGUAAGUUAGUACACUUGUGAGCUUUUGUAUGUUAGAUGUGUUAGUUUUUCCACUGAUAUUGUAUUUUUCCGAAUUGCAACAUAUAAUGUAUAUUAAAUCAACUAAAUGUGAUGUGAAAUUUGACCAUUUCAGGUUU